AUCUCGGCUUCAUGUGAUAUCUCGGCGUGAGCUCUUAGCUUCCGCUUAGGCUGCAGCCUCUUUAACUGCAGCGAUGGAUUAAGCUUCAUACAAAGCCCCUUUUGCUUGAGCCUGAAAAAUUCUUCUUGCACCUACUUUUUUUCCCACAGAUAUGUAGGCGACUGGAGUUCACAGUGUCGGUGAAAUGAGCACCGUUUGAUAAUGGAGCCUAGAAGUGAGACUAAAAAUGGGAAGCCACGGUCAAAGGACACAGGCGGGCCUUCACUCCAGCAGACACGGCACAAGUUCAGCAGAAUGAUGAGCGACGACACUCCCGACGCGUUCAGAAAUGUGGGUCGGAAGCCGGGCCUGCAGAUAUGGACCAUCAACAACAUGAAGAUGGCGCCUGUUCCAGCCAAAGCCUUUGGCAACUUCUUUGAGGGAGACUGUUACAUUGUUCUACAUAUGAGUGAGAAGAAGGGCUCGGCUCAGUCUGCUGACAUUCACUACUGGAUCGGAAACGCCUCCUCUCAGGACGAGCAGGGCGCAGCGGCCAUCUACGUCAACCAGCUGGACGAGCACUUGGGCGGGAGUCCGGUGCAGCACAGGGAGGUGCAGGGCAGCGAGUCGCCACGGUUCAGGAGCUACUUCAAAAAUGGCCUCAUCUACAAGAAGGGCGGAGUGUCCUCGGGUUUCCAGCACGUUGACACAAAUUCCUACAACGUCCUGCGACUGCUGCACGUCAAAGGGAGGAAGAAUGUCACCGCAAAGGAGGUGGAGGUGUCAUGGAGCAGCUUCAACAAGGGGGACAUAUUUCUCCUGGACAUGGGGAAAUCCAUCGUGCAGUGGAACGGACCGCAGAGCAACAGGAGGGAGAAGCUCAAGGCCAUACUGUUGGCUCAGGAUAUCCGCGACAGAGAGAGAGGAGGCCGCGCUCAGAUCGGCGUGGUGGAGGGAGGAGACGAGCAGGACUCCGCCGAGCUGAUGAAAGUCAUGACGGCGGUGCUCGGCCAGAGAAGCGGGUCGCUGAAGGAGGCCACGUCUGACGACACACCAGACAAGAAGCAGAGCAACAACGUCAGACUGUACCAUGUUUUCGACAACAGCGGUAACGUGGUGGUUCAAGAAGUGGCGGCGCAACCUCUGACCCAAGACCUGCUGCUCUCCUCGGACUGUUACAUCGCGGACCAGAGCGGCUUGAGUGUGAUGGUGUGGAAAGGCAAACAGGCCUCGAAGGAAGAGCGGCGAGAUGCUCUGAACCGAGCACUGAACUAUAUAAAAGCCAAGAGCUACCCGCCCAGCACCAGGUUGGAGGUGAUGAGCGAGGGAGGAGAGUCCGCCAUGUUCAAGCACUUGUUCAAGUCCUGGAGGGAUAAAGGACAAAUUCAGGGAAUGGGCAAAACCUACAGCACGGGAAAGAUAGCUAAGGUUGACCAGGUGAAGUUUGACGUGAUGGCGCUCCAUGCUCGCCCUGAGCUGGCAGCACAGCAGCGCAUGGUGGACGACGCAUCUGGACAAAUCAAGGUGUGGCGCAUUGAGAACCUCGAGCUGGCCGAGGUGAAUCCAAAUACUUAUGGACAGUUCUACGGCGGCGACUGCUACCUGGUGCUGUACACGUACCUGAGAGGGAACCAGCAGCAGUACAUACUCUACAUGUGGCAGGGCCGUCACGCCACCAAAGAUGAGGUCACAGCGUGUGCCUUCCAGGCCGUCAACGUCGACAACAAAUACAACGGAGCCCCGAUCCAGGUCAGGGUGGUGAUGGGGAAGGAGCCUCGCCACUUCCUGGCUAUUUUCAAAGGAAAACUCAUCAUCUUUGAGGGCGGCACAGGUCGUCCAGGUGUGGUGAACCCUGACCCCGCUGCCAGGCUGUUCCAGGUCCGAGGGACCACUGAGCUGAACACCAAAGCUACUGAGGUGUUGGCCAGGGCGUCGUCUCUAAACACCAACGACGUCUUCCUGCUGAGGACGGAUCGUAUUUGCUACCUGUGGUACGGAAAGGGCUGCAGUGGGGACGAGAGGGUGAUGGGGAGAACGAUGUCUGAUGUGCUGUCCAAGCAGGACAAGCAGGUGGUGAUGGAGGGCCAGGAGCCAGGGGAAUUCUGGGUAGCUCUGGGAGGAAAGGCGCCCUAUGCCAGCGACAAGAGGCUGCAGAGGGAGGAGCCUCCUCACAAUCCACGGCUGUUUGAGUGCUCCAAUCAGACGGGCCAGUUCAGGAUGACCGAGGUGGACGACUUCGCCCAGAGUGACCUGGACGAGGAGGACGUCAUGCUGCUGGACACGUGGGAGGAGAUUUUCUUCUGGGUUGGAAACUUAGCCAACAAGACUGAGACCGAAGAGGCGUGGAACUGUGCACAGGAGUACCUGAGGAGCCACCCGGCGGGCCGCGACCCCGACACGCCCGUCAUCUUUGUCAAACAGGGACACGAACCUCCCACGUUCACCGGCUGGUUCCACGCAUGGGAUCCUCACAAGUGGAGCGGAGGAAACUCCUAUGAGGAGAUGAAAAAAAAGCUGAGCGGCACAGCAUCACUCUCACAGAUCACGGUCGAUACGAAAAACUUGAACAUGAAUAAAAGUCCUGUCGGGGGCAGCGAGGGCAGCUACGGGGCUCCAGGAGGCCCCGUGAGCGGCCCUCCACUCUACAGGAUCCACGGAGGCGACGCUUCACCGAGACCCUCGACUCCCACCAGUCCGUCCGUCCAGAUAGGCCAGACAUUUGUGACCAAGACCCGGUCCCCUUCCUCUAGUUUCACUCCAUCAUUCGCAGCCGGUGGAGCGAAGUCCCCCUCUGCUGGGGCCAUGUAUCUGGACCCCGGGCUCCUCGUAGACAAGUCUAUCAGCGAGCUGCCGCAGGGAGUGGACCCCAGCCACAGAGAGAACCACCUGUCUGAUGUGGACUUCCAGAACCUGCUGGGCACCGGCCGCUUAGACUUCCAGCGUCUGCCCAAGUGGAGGCAAAAUGACUUGAAGAAAAAAGCCGGACUUUUCUAAAAGACACAUUGACACCAGCUGUGUCUCUCUGUGUUUCACAUGAACACAGUGUGAGUCAGGACUGUCGAGGCCUUUAUCAUUUCAUCUGAGUGUCUUUGAGAUUAUCAACCGCCAAAAAGAGUUGCAGUGAUUGCAAACACUUGCGUAUAUUUACAAAGCUUAACAGGAUUUUGAUUAUACUUACAUACUCUCCCACAUCUCUUGAAUCAUUUAUAUUAUGAAUAAAUACACAAAAACCACAAUGAA